AUGACAUUCCUCGACCCCGUCAACGUGGCCGACGGCAAAGUCGACGCGAACCUCAUCCUGCAACUUUAUGACAGACUCGAUACAGCGGUCUGGAUAUUUGAUUUCGACCACAAGAGAUACUUGUGGGCCAAUCGCAAGACCCUGGAAAUCACCGAAGCAGACAGUCUGGAAGAACUGCAAUCACGGGAUCUCGGCGCCGAUAUGUCGCCGGCAGUGGAGCAACGCCUGCGUCAGUACCAACAGGACUUCUGCAAGGGUGAUGUCAGCUUUUCGGAAAUCUGGACGCUCUAUCCAAAGGGCAAGCCCAAGGUCCUGCAAAUCGAAAUGAGCGGUGUGCAGUUGCGCGAUGGCCGUAUGGCUUUGCUGUGCGAAGGCCGCGAGCAUCACGAACAGCAGCCCGAAACGCUGCGAAGCGCGGAAGCCCUGUUGCACACGACGGUGAUGAUCGCGCUUUUUUCCAAAGACGGAAGUCCGCUCUACCGCAAUACUGCCUCCCGGGCGUCCUGCAUCACUCUGGAAACCCGGUUUCCCGACCAGUUUGUCCGCGAGGAGGAUGUGAAGGACAUAUUUGAUCUGGUCGAGCAGGAGCGAACGCUGAAGUUCGUCGCGCAUGUGAAAACGAGUUUGGGCUUCAAAUGGCAUGAACUCACCAUUCGCGCAUGCCAUGACGCGGUUUCAGGACAACCGGCCUAUCUCGUCAGCGAGAUCGAUGUCACAGAAUUGCAUGAAACCAAGGAGCGGGCACAGUAUCUCGCGAGCCAUGACACGCUGACCGGCCUGUCCAACCGGACCUUCCUGCAGGAACGGCUGACCCAUAUCCUGAAUACGGCGGAUACGAAAAACCAGACUGCAACGCUUUACCUGUUCGAUCUGGACGAUUUCAAGCUUGUGAAUGAUUCACUUGGCCACGCGGCUGGCGACGUGCUGUUGCAGCUGGUUGCCGAAGAAUUGAAAGCAAUCGCCGGCCCGGAAGAUGUCGUUGCACGGCUCGGCGGUGACGAGUUUCUGAUUUGCCACCUCGAAAAACCGGGUUCGGUGGAUCCGGACUGGUUCGGCCGUUCGCUUCUGCGCUCCUUUGCCAAACCCCAGGUUCUUGAGGGCAAGCGAAGGCAGGUUGGCCUCAGUAUCGGUUACGCACAUUAUCCGGACGAUGGACGCGACAUAGACCAGCUCAUGCGGCACGCGGAUCUCGCCCUCUACCAGGCGAAAUCAGAUCCUUCCGCGAAGUGUGUCAGGUUCCGCGACCGUAUGCGCCGUUUGCGAGAUGAACACCGCGCCAUCAAGAAGGACCUUGAACGCGCACUGCAGAAGAACGAAUUCAUCCUCUACUAUCAGCCAAUUGCGUGCACCCGCACCGACAAGGUGGUGUCCGGAGAAGCCCUGCUGCGCUGGCAACACCCGGAACGUGGCAUGGUCGGACCGGAUGAUUUCAUAAAGAUAGCCGAAGACGCCGGGCUUAUCGAUGAAAUCGGUACCUGGGUUGCCGAACAGGUCGCACACCUGCAGCACCGCCUUCACAAUCUGCAAUAUGCAGUUCCACUCGCUUUGAAUGUCUCACCGCGGCAACUCUCCGAUUCCUCAUUCCUGAGCCUGAUGCAAUCGCUGCCCCUGGCAACAGGCUGUGACCCGUCCGACAUUUCGCUGGAAAUCACGGAGUCCGUGAUUUUGGGAGAUAUUCCGAACGCGCGCGAAACGCUGACGGCGCUCAAACAUUGCGGUUAUCAAAUCGUCAUCGAUGACUUCGGCACCGGCUACUCCAACCUUGCCUACCUCCACAACUACCCGAUCGACGGAAUCAAGAUCGACCGGAUGUUCAUGGAAGACAUCGGCACGGGCGGGGAAAUCGUCAAACUGAUCCUGUCGCUGGCAAAUGCACUCGGUGCAGGUGUCGUUGCAGAAGGUGUUGAGACGAUCGAGCAGCGAUCCUGGCUGUCGCAAAACGGCUGCAACCGCUACCAGGGCUACCUCUAUUCAAGACCUGUCCCCGAAGAACGUUUCCUGUCCAUGCUGGAAACGCAGUCGCAGAUCGCUGCUAUGUGA